AUGUUCGAACUGGCAUUCAUUAAUUGUUGCUGGCUGUAUCGAAGCAUUCACAUUCUUACCUCAACACAAAUCGACCACAGUUCUACCGCCAUGGGUAGGUUCGGCUUCAAAAAGUCCGGGGACGACGACGAUUCCUCUAACCGCCUGGCGCUGUUCGGCUCCCGAUCGAAGAGCAAAAGCCCAGCACCUCCCGCGAACCCCUACGCCAAGCCGAUUCCCACCGAUCCCUACACCAAAGCCAAGAUCCAAGCUGGCGUGGCUCCCGUUCCAGCCGGGGAGACUCCCGCCGCACCGGCUCCUCCGGGCUCCGCCAGCAUUCCCGGAGACAACAAGCAAGGAUAUGCGCCGAACCGAUACGGCAACCAGGGAGGAUAUGGAUCUGAUCGCUUCGGAGGCAGCGCCAGCGGCGCACCGCCCGCAGCCUCUCGCUACGGCCCUGGCGGCUACGGAGGCUUAGGCAGCUCCGACCCCAACGACCCCGCUGCCGCGGAUGCCAACAGAGAUGCGCUUUUUGGGGGAGCGGCGGAACGAGCACAGCAGCAGCCGCCGUCACAGGCCGGUGGUCCUCCGCCGCCUUACUCGGAGGGGUCUGCAGCCUACGGAGGUGGCAGCAACGGAUAUAACACAUCUACCUACCAGGAACGACACCUGACUGCGGAGGAAGAAGAGGAGGAGGAGAUUCAGACUAUUAAGCAGGAUAUCCGCUUCAUCAAGCAGGGUGAUGUGGCCUCGACUCGCAACGCCCUCCGCAUUGCUGCGCAGGCUGAGGAGACGGGUCGGGAGACUCUGGCUCGGUUGGGAGCGCAAGGAGAACGCAUCCACGAUGCGGAGCGGAGUUUGGACGUUGCGGCCAUCGAGGGACGGAUCGCCGAGGAGAAGGCCAAGGAGCUCAAGACCCUUAACAAGAGCAUGUUCGCUGUUCACGUCGCCAACCCAUUCACGAGUGCCCGGCGGCGCCGCGAGCGCGAUGAGCGGAUCCUGGAUACCCACCGACAGGAGCGCGAGACCCGCGACGGAACACGAAAUGAGGCCUUCAAGACCAAUCAGCGCAUGGAGCGCACGUUCCGGGAGAUUGAUCGGGAGGCGAGCAAGCAGACGACGCGCUCCCGGACCAAUGUUGCCGACCGUGCCAAGUAUCAAUUCGAGGCCGACAGUGAGGAUGAAGCGAUGGAGAACGAAAUUGAGCAGAACUUGGACCUGUUGGGUGGUGCUGCCAGCCGUCUGAACGGUCUCGCCAAAGCCACGGGCAAGGAGUUGGACGAGCAGAACCGCCACUUGGAACGCAUCACAGGCAAGAGCGACUUCGUCGACGAGCAAAUCGCCAUGAACCGCGCCAAGCUGGACCGGAUCCGUUAG